AUGUUUUCGUCUAUAAUAAUUCGUACACAAAAUUUAAUUUCACGUAUAUUUUACGAUAGAUCUCGUUUUCUUUUAAUUAAAAAAAAUAUUUUAUCAAUUAAUAAUACACAAAUUAACGAUUUCUCUUCAAAAUCUAUGAAAGUAGCUAUUUUGGGUGCUCGUAGCAAGACAGGAAAUUGUCUUUCAUUAUUUUUAAAACAAUCACCUUUGAUCGAUGAAUUGGCAAUUUUUGAUAAUAAUUCAUCUACUUACGGUCUUGCGUUGGAUUUAAAUUAUAUCGAUACGAGAUGUAAGGUUAGUACGUGUAAUCAUCCUGAAAAAUGUCUCGAGGAAACGCUUCAAGGAGCGAAGAUAGUAAUGAUCGUGACCGAUAGAAUAUCCAACGAAUCAAACGAAGUUUUAAAAUCUAAUGCUAUUAUGUUAUCAGAUCUGUUACCGAAUAUUAUUAAAUUUGCACCUCAGGCUAUGCUCGCGAUCGUAAUGAAUCCGAUAAACAGUUUAAUACCUCUAACGAUGGAAAUGUAUAAGAAAGCUGGAAUUUAUGAGUACAAUCGCAUUUUUGGUGUAAUGAAUUUCGAGUGUCUUAAAGCGAAUAGCUUUACCGCGGAUUUGAUAAAUAUCGAACCGGAAUGUACAAUGAUACCCGUGAUUGGCGGAGGCUGUUCCGAAACGUGUAUUCCACUUUUUUCUCAAGCAAAACCUUCCAACAAAAUAUCUCAGGUAGAAGCUAGAAGAUUGACAUACGCGAUAAGAAUGUCCAACAAUAAUACAUUGAAUCCAAGUGACAAUAAGGAAACAAACUCUUUCGCUUUGUCUUAUGCUGCUGCUAGAUUUUGCAUGUCCCUUUGUAAAGCUUUGCGGCAUCAAGGCAAUGUCGUGGAAUGCGCUUACGUUAGAUCCUGCGCGAUACCGGAAUUAACAUAUUUCGCUGCUCCCUUGGAAUUAGGUCCCAAUGGAAUUCAGAAGCAUUUAGAUAUUCCACCUUUGAACGAUUACGAGUGUGAGCUUCUCAAAGCAGCUGUACCUCGUAUAAAAAAGGCUAUUAAAUUAGGAGAGGCUCUCGCACUCGGAGACGACAAUCCUUCUUCCGAAUUGUGCUUGAAUAAUUUAAUGCCAAAUCCUAAAUGUUUCUCGUAAUAAACUAAUUUGCAUCUUAUGUAUACAAUGAUCGAAU